UGAGCCCGAUAGGUUUCGCUAAUUAUCGCAACAAAACAGGCUGAGUUUUGUUUACUUUUGCGAAGUUUCGUUCCGCAUUGUAAAGCAUGACAAUAUUAAGUUUUAAGCAUGACUAGAUAUACACGCAAAGACCCAGGCUCUGCUUCAACUCCCUAUUCCAGGGAGAACAGAAACAUGAAACCGGCUUAUGAUGGUUCCCAGGGCUUGGAACGCUCAUCCUGGGCGCAUCGCAAAAAUUGUGAUAACUCACAGGAGUCAGUGAGUAGGGGAGGGCGCUAUGAAACUGUUCAGCGAAGAUCCCCAAUUAGGAGCGUUCAUCAGCAGCGUAAACGAAACGGAUCAUUGGACGCAAAAGAAAAGAAUCUCAAACGGUCCAGAGGUGCGGAUGAAUCCCAUAUUUCGGAUUGGAAGUAUAAGGAGUUGAUCCGGGACAACCUGUCAAUGGCCUUGGUGGAUGAACUCCACCCAGACGGCUGCUUGCUCUUCGAAAAGUGGGGGGAAAUCGAGAGCAGGCUGGCGGACAUGGUGGCGAAUAGACUAACGGCUGUGCCGCAAGGACCCAACCCGCUGCUUGACUCGUCACUAGUUAUAUGGGGCCACCGGGUGAUAAGGUGUGAGGACGGCUUCUCCAAGAUCUUCCUAGAGGAUUGCAUUAAGUACUUAGCCGACGAAUGGGAUGGAUUACGCAUCAAGCUUGUUCACGCCAGCGAAAUACCCAGUCCUAGUCAAGCGGACCGGGUUGAGCAUACGGAGGAGACGGUUGAGAACUCGUUUGGCUGGACACUACCUCGAGGAGCUCAGUUGUCCGAAGCAGUGAUCCGUGAGAUCCAGAUACGUUUGCAAAACAAGCGAAGAGGCCGUCAGCUGCGGUUCCUGAUUAAGGAUGGUCCAAUAACCUGGAAAGUAAAUAUUGGUCGAGGAUUACGAGUGCGCAUAGCGUAUAAUAUUCACGCAGAGGAGACGACGCGCAUGGAGGAGACCAAUGAGGUAGAAGUGGAACAACCAAAGGAGGCGGACAAACCAAAGAAUAUCAGGCAAACUAAGGUAACUUCUCAGGCGGAGGAGGUAACGCCAUCUAAUGUUGAACAACAGACCGAGGUAAACUCAUUCGGCUGGAUAGUACCUCGAGGAGCUCAGUUCUCCGACGCUGCGAUCUUAGAAAUAAAAAACGGAUUUCUGCACAAGUCAAAAGGACAAGCGGCCCAGUUCCUGGUUAAUGAUGAGGGAAAAUCUUGGAGUGUGUCCAUCGGAAAAGACUUUCGAGUACGCAUUACACAAGAUGUACCUGUGCAUACUGAGGUAAACAGGAAACAGACGGAGGCGAAUGUGUCAGAUUGGAUAGUACCGCCAGGAGCUGAACUGUCUGAGGCUGUGAUCCAGGAGAUUCAGGCCCGUUUGCUGAAUAGAACCAAUAGGAAUCGGUUCAAAUUCCUGGUAAGGGACGGGCUUAAACGGUGGAGAGUAUGCAUUCGAGGAGGUCAGUUUGUGAGCCUCACCCCACAAAUUCCCCCCCUGCAGGAAAUGGAUCCCUCGAACUCUACGGAGCUGGAGAUCACGGAUAAGUCGAUGGAGAUGGAGCCGAUUGGAAAUACGGAGCGCUCAGAGGAUGCGGCUCAUGCGAAGGACCCUAACCAGACGGAAAAUGUGGAACAGGCGGAUCAGUCCGCUUGGAUCUUACCCCCCGGAGCUGAACUGUCCAACAAAGCGAUUCUGCUCAUUCAGGAGCGUAUACAAAAAUCGUCUCGCAAAGGUCGGUGCCGAUUCUUGGUCAAGGAUGGCGACAGCUUGUGGAGAGUCUUCCAUGAGGAAAACCAACCAGUUCGCAUCGUUCCACACAAUUCGGACCUCAAAACCACGGGAGACAACAAGAAAUAUUAGCAUUUAAAAGGUUAAGGGAUUUGGAAAAACCGAAGAUCAGAUUCAGCUGUGUAUUUACUGAUUUAACUUUAUUAAACAUAGGAAAACGGAUUUUUUGAAACCAAUAAACAAUUGAAGGAAAAAACUCGA